CCUCUUCCCAAACCUGAUCUAAUCAGCCGGCUGGAACAAGGGGAAGAGCCGUGGGUGCCCGAUCUCCAGGCCUGCGAGGAAAGAGAGAUCCCAAGAGUCGCCCACACAGCAGGUAACGAGCCAGAGAGUGAGAAAAAGGAGAGGAAUCAACAACAGGAAGUUCCUGGGCACGGAGAACCACAGGAGACCUUUGUGGGAAGAGCUGCAGGGAAUUUUUCCCAGUGGUUGGAACAGGGAGAAGCCUGGGGAAAUUGGCAGAGGUCAGAGAGGCUGCUGAGAAACUACUCAAGGGAGCAAAUGGAUGAAUUUAUUAUCUGUGGGGAAGGAUACAGGGAUCCCACAGCCCAGCAGACAACCCCUAGGGAAGACAAACACCAUGAAUGCCUUGGUUAUGGAAAAGGAUUCGUUCUGGGACCACAGUUUGCUUCACCUCAGACAAUUCAUACUGGAGAGAAAUCACUUCAGUGCUUGGACCAUGGAAGAAGCCACACGGGACAGAAACCCUAUCAAUGCCUUAAGGGCAGGAACUCUUUGAAUUGGAAGUCAGCACUGACUACACAUCAGAUAAGCCACAUAGGAGAGAAACCCCAUAAGUGCUUGGCCUGUGGGAAAAGUUUCAUACAUAGGUCAGCCCUUGUUAAUCAUCAGGCAAUCGACACUGGAGAGAGACCUCAUAUGUGCUUAGACUGCGGAAAAAGAUUCAUACAUAGAUCAGUCCUUGUUAAUCAUCAAGCAGUCCACACAGGAGAGAGAUCCCAUAAGUGCUUAGACUGCGGAAAAUUUUUUAUAUGGAAGUCAGCCCUAGUUAAACAUCAGGCAAUCCACACUGGAGAGAGACCCCAUAAGUGCUUGAACUGUGGGAAAAGUUUCAUACGUAGGUCAGCCCUUGUUAAUCAUCAGGCAGUCCACAUGGGAGAGAGACCCCAUAAGUGUUUAGACUGUGGAAAAAGUUUCAUAUGGAAGUCAGGCCUUGCUAAUCAUCAGGCAGUCCACACUGGAGAGAGACCCCACAAGUGCUUGGACUGUGGGACAAGUUUCAUACAGAAGUCAGACCUUUUAAAACAUCAGGCAAUCCACACAGGAGAGAGUCCCCAUAUGUGCUUAGACUGUGGGGAAAGUUUCAUACAGAAGUCAGACCUUUUAAAACAUCAGGCAAUCCACACAGGAGAGAGACCCCGUAUGUGCUUAGACUGCGGAAAAAGUUUCAUACAGAGGUCAUACCUUUUAAAACAUCAGGUAAUCCACACAGGAGAGAGACCCCAUAAGUGCUUAGACUGUGGAAAAAAUUUUGUAUGGGAGUCAGCCCUUGUUAAUCAUCAGGCAAUCCACACAGGAGAGAGACCCCAUAUGUGCUUAGACUGUGGGAAAAGUUUCAUACAGAGGUCAGCCCUUGUAAGACAUCAGGCAGUCCACACAGGAGAGAGAUCCCAUAAGUGCUUAGACUGUGGGAAAAGUUUCAUACACAAGUCAAAUCUUAAAACACAUCAGAAGAUCCACACAGGUGAGAGAUCCCAUAAGUGCUUAGACUGUGGAAAAAAAUUUAUAUGGAAGUCAGCCCUUGUUAAACAUCAAGCAGUCCACACAGGAGAGAGAUCCCAUAAGUGCUUAGACUGUGGGAAAAGUUUCAUACACAGGUCAAAUCUUAUAACACAUCAGAAGAUCCACAGAGGUGAGAGCUCCCAUAAGUGCUUAGACUGUGGAAAAAUUUUUGUAUGGAAGUCAGCCCUUGUUAAACAUCAAGCAGUCCACACAGGAGAGAGAUCCCAUAAGUGCUUAGACUGUGGGAAAAGUUUCAAACGCAGGUCAAAUCUUAUAGCACAUCAGAAGAUCCACACAGGAGAGAGACCCCACAAGUGCUUGGACUGUGGGACAAGUUUCAUACAGAGGUCAGACCUUGUUAAACAUCAGGUAAUCCACACAGGAGAGAGACCCCACAAGUGUUUAGACUGUGGGAAGAGUUUCAUAAGGAGAUCAACCCUUCUUAAUCAUCAGGCAAUCCACACAGGAGAGAGACCCCAUAAGUGCUUAGACUGUGGGAAGAGUUUCAUAAGGAGAUCAACCCUUGUUAGACAUAAAGUAGUCCACACAGGAGAGUGACCUCAUCAGUGCUCAGACUGUGGGAAAAGAUUCAUGCAGAGUUCAACCCUUGUUAAACAUCAGGCAAUCCAUACAAGGGGAAGACCAUAAGUGCUUGGACUCUGGGAAAGUUUCAGAAUCAGAUCGGCCGUUUUAAACAUCAGGCAAAACACACGUAGUGUUUAGACUAUGGAAAAACAUUUCAAAUAGAUGUCAGCCCUUCUUUUACAUCAGAGAAUCCACCCAGGGAGACACCCUGUAACUGCUUAGCCUUUGGAAAGACUUUUAUACACAAUCAAACAUUGUUAAACAUCCAGCAAUCCACAUUGGGGAGAGACCCCAUAAGUGCUUUGACUGUGAGAAACAUUUCAGAAACGAUCAGUCCUUGUUUUAGAUCAAAGAAUCCACACAAGAUCAAGACUCCAUAAGUACUGGACUGUGACAAAAGUUUCAGACAGUGAUCAGACGUCAUUAAACGUUGGAGAAUUCACACACAAACUAAACUUCUGAGAUACCUGCCAGAAAGAGUUAAGAACCUUGCAGGCUAUUUGGCCUAGAUUCAACAUUUAAAGACAUGUCAGAAAAGUUUGUAAAUGAUGAUUGGGGCCAUUCCAAGUUAUAUAGACUAGAACUUUGAAUGUGAACUUGUAUUGUUAAAAUCUUGGAAGAAGAUAGUAGUGUGGUUGAUUAAUUACAAUUAACUCAAAAAAUAAUGGUGUGUAUUUAAACUCAGAAAUAAAGCAAUUAAAAACUUUAGAGCCUAGAAGUCCACUCAGUGCUACUUCUUUUUCUGCUAAUCGCUAAGACAAGUAAGUUUGUUUACAUUUACGGGAGAUAAUGCUGCCUGUUUCUAAUUUAUGAUGUCACCUGAAAGUCUGGCACGUUUAGCUGGCAGUGCAGAUAUUUAUGUGGAAGAUAUACUAAACAUGCCUAUGUACCUUCAUGCUUCGGCAUUCCAGUGGACAUGCUUCCAUGCUGACAAUGCUCUUUAAAAAAAAAAAUUCAUUAGAUACAUUUGUGAUUGAACUUCUUGGAGGACAAUUGUAUGUCCCCUGUUCUGUUUUACACACAUUCUGCCAAAUAUUUCCUAUUAUAAAAGUCACGGAUAAUGACCUAGCACCUAUUAAUUUUAAGGACACUUUCACUGCUGAUUUGAGAAAAUGCAAAGAAAGUAAUAAUCUGAGAUUUCUAAAGAUAGCUACAGCUUUCGGCCAAAGGGUUAAGAAUCUGAAGUACCUUCCAAAAUCUGAGAGGGACGAGGUGUGGAGCAUGCUUUCAGAAGUCUUAAAAGAGCAACACUGCGAUGCGGAUGCUACAGAACUCGAACCACAAAAAAAGAAAAUCAACCUUCUGCUGGUGGCAUCUGACUCAGUUGAUGGAAAUGAACAUGCGUCAGUCCACUCUGCUUUGGAUCAUUAUCUGUUAGAACCCGUCAUUAGCAUGGAGGCAUGUCCUCUGGAAUGGUGGUUCCAGCAGGAAGGGACACAUGACUCUUUAGCGCAUCUGGCACAUAAAUAUCUUGCGACACCGGCUGCAAUAGUGCCCCGAGAACGCCUGUUCUCACUUUCAGGUGAUAUUGUAAACAAGAAGCGGGCAGCAUUAUC